AUGGGCGCGUUCAAGCGCCCGCGCGCCACCACGCCCGCGUCGCCGUCCUCGCCGGCCCCCGCCAAGAAGGCGGAGACCACCGCCACCACCACCAAGAAAGCGGACGACAGAGUGGAGCCGAUCACUGCCAGGCCCACGGAGCCGACCCCGGACACCUCAGGUGACGUGAUGGACAAGCUGAUGCAGGGCAAGCUGCCGGUGCGCAUCGGGCUGACGCGUGGCGAGCUCAAGGCCGUGCUCAUGAUUGUGGCGGCGCGCUUGCGGAGGGAAGGGUACGCCGUCAACAACGCCGCCUUCAGCGACUGGGACGUGGUGGCGGCCGCGGACGCCAACGCCAAGAACACGGCCGUGUACACGCUGACGCUGGCGUCGAGCGAGGUCCCUCCGAAGUGGCGGUCGCCGAUCAUCGCCCUGACGCCGUCCUCGACGGCAGCAACGGUGGCUGCCGCCCGGUGCCCGGAGUGCUCCUGCUCGCCCUGCCUCCAAGGCGCCGCUGAGCACGCCGCCCCCGGGCCGCUGAAGGCCGACAAGGCCGAGGCCACGACGAGGGAGGCCGAGACCGUCGGCCGUCCGAAACUGCUGGCCGACGAACCGGUGAGUGCGAAGGGAGGCCACAAGGCUCUCGAUGUGCGCCGCGGCCUGGAUCUGCCGGAGACGCUGCAGCAGCAGCUGGGCACCAUCAACGCCAUCAUCGCCGAGGUCAAGCAGCAGAUCGACGCCAAGGCCGAGGAGGCCAAGUUGAUGGCGACGGCGCAGGCGGCGGUGCAGACGACGGCCGCCACGGAGCUGCCAGGCAACCUGCAGAAAUCCGCACAGCUCUCGCCGUCCUCCAAACAGGGCCAGGGAGUGUGGCCAGGGCACUCAUUUGGACAGGCGGCAGCGGCAACAGCACUGUGGACGACGGCCAACCCCAGUCCAGCGGCAGAGCAGUCCGCCGCAUGGAUGGCGCCCAAAACUUUGCCUCCGCCGAGCAGCCAACCACUCCACUCUCUACUUUCACUCCCGCGUGCUAUCAGCCCCAACGAGACUCGCGGCCCGGCGGACCAGGCGGACCAGGCGCCGGGGACCCACCAAGCCAUGGCGCUCUACCGGCAGACUACCAGUCCACCCAUGCUUGCGCAAUCUCACCCAGUCCAGCAAACACCUGCUGCAGAGUUACCCACGCCGCCUUCCCAAUCCCAGAGGCACCACCAACCCCAGUUAUCAUCGGAACCCCACCAACCCGCUCAAACGCUUCUAACCUUCGAGGUGCAGGAGUACCCGCAACCACACCAUCAAUACCACUCAGGCCUUCCCUCUCACCAACCUGUACAACAUCAACUGUCACAUGAACAACACUCUCAACAACACCAGCAGCCACACCAGUACUCAUAUGCACAACACCCAUCAAUAACAGUACUUCGACCUCAGGUCCAGCAACAACCACAGAAUCCAUACCCACAACACUCGCAAAUAGCAGUGCAAUCCCAACUGGCCCAGCAACACGUAUUGUAUCCAUAUCCGCAACAACCCCUAGUCACAGUACAACCCGCGCAAGCUCAAAAACCCUUUCAGUACCCACAACAACCAUCAAAUUCAGCACUGCUCUCACAUUCAAAGCAACCCUCACAGUACCCACACCAUGAACCCGUAGAGGCCCAGCAACCGCCACAGUACCCGAACCCUCAACAACCUGCAUUAACAGUGCCACCGGCUUGGUCCCAUCAACCCCCGAAGAAGCCUACCGAACAACCCUGGCGUCCUCAGCAACCCAUGUCGCCUCCGCACUCGUCGGAGCAGCAGUCUGCUCCGAGGCCGCACCCGUCGCAGCCACAGCCUCAGACAUGGCAGUCCGUGAAUGGUCAAAACGCCCAGCCCUCGCCCAACCAGCCGCACCAGUCGCAUCAGCCUCGGCAGUUGGCGCCUGCUUACAACCAGCCCGCGCCCCAGCAGCACCAGCUCGUGUACGUGUACCAAGUGCCCGUGCCGCCUGCCGCGCAGCCACUGCAAGGCCCACAACUACCCGCCGCCCCAGCAGCUCAAGAAGUGCCCGCGCGCGCUCUUGGCGGACAACAGUCUCUGGACCACGAGGCGCCUCAGUCGUUCCGGGCCGCCGCGAUCGGCCACCUCGGCCACCAGCCUGCGUCCGACCCGCCAGGCACGGCCGUGGCCCCGGGACUGCUGCCCAAGAUCCCCGGCCUCGCCGCCAUGGAGCAGAAGCUGGAGGAGAUGGGCCUCGGGCCCUCCAGGCUGCAGGUGGGCGACGUCACCAUCGACGUGAACCUCAAAUCGCCGCCCUCGUUGGGCGGCCUUGGCGACGUCAGCUUCCCCGACGGCCCCGCCUUCAUGGCGCGCUCCGCGCCGGUGCCGGACGACGAUGUCCCGGCCUCGUCCAACACGACGGGGUCGGCCUUUGCGACUGCGGCCACUACGGCGACUCCGGGGGCAGAGAAGGAGCAAGACCAUGACGGCGGGCGCGAGGAAGCAUCGACGUCCCCGUCCACCACGCUGGUCCACCACAACUCCAGCUCGACGCGGCACGUGACCAGCGCCGCGACGCCCGCGACCCGGCAGCGGCACUCGACCAGCCAAUCAGACGGCGGCGACGCCGAAGCCGCCGGGGACGAGGGCACCGAGCUUGCCGACUCGAGUGAGGACCUCGGGGGGGAAGACGAGGAGAACGAUGAGGACGAGGAGGACGAUGAUGAGGAGGAUUGGGGGCGGGUUAUUAACGGAGAGGACGCGAGUAUCACGGACGUGCCGUACCAGGUGGCGCUCGAGCACAACGGGCGGCUGUGGUGCGGCGGCAGCAUCAUCGGCAAGACGUGGGUCAUGACGGCGGCACACUGCGUCCAGGGACGGAGGCGGGCUGCUGCGUGGCGAGUACGAGCGGGGGCGACCCUCAGGGAGACUGGCGGGAAGCUGGUUAAGGUGCGCCAGGUCUUCCCUCAUCCCAAGUACAAGCAGCUAAAGUACGAUGUGGCCCUGUUCAAGCUGGCCGAGACCCUGACCUACUCCAGCUCCAUCAAGGCCGUCAAGCUGCCCGGCAAGGGCCACGAAGACGCGACCCCAGGCGCGGCCAUGACCAUAUCAGGAUGGGGUAAAGUGAAGCCGAAUGGCUACCAGUACCCGCGGGUCCUGCAGAAGGCGACGGUGUCUGUCGUCGCGCGAGACGAGUGCAGCAAGCGGUACUCGAACACGCCCUUCGGGCCCAUCUCCAACGUGGAGGUCUGCGCAGGCGGGGACCAUACGGACACCUGUCAGGGAGACAGCGGCGGCCCGAUGGUCGACAGCUCAGGCACCCAGAUGGGCAUCACGUCCUGGGGCGAGGGCUGCGCAGAGCUGCCGGGCGUCUACUCUAACAUCGCCCACCCAGACCUCAGAGAGUUCGUGCGGAAGACAGCUGGCGUUUAGUGACAUCCACACUCACGCAAUAAAUCAAAAACCCCUUACAUGGCAUGAGAAAUAGAAAAUAAAAUAAAGAGAAAAACAGAAAAGGAGUCUUAUGCAAAAUAUU